AUGUCCCUCUCCAUCCUGCGCCUGCAUCACUCCACUCUCAGGCCAUCCCUCAUCCGCCGACUAACACAAUGUAGAAACUACAGUUCCAAACCACCAGACUAUGCAUUUGCCUUCGAUAUCGACGGUGUACUCCUCCGCGGUCGUACCCCCCUCCCUGGUGCCACAAAAUCACUUCGAAAACUCCAAGAUAACCAUGUGCCGUUUAUACUUCUUACAAAUGGUGGUGGGAAACAUGAAUCCGAGCGAACGGAGGAAUUAUCUCGGCUUCUUGAUGUUCCUAUAACUGAAGAUAUGUUUAUACAAUCCCAUACGCCGUUUAAGGGACUCGUGGGGCGGUAUAAUAGUGUCUUGGCCGUAGGAGGUGAAGAGGUUGGGGAAGGUGAAGGAUGGAAGAAUGACAAGAUCGGGAAGAGCGGGGAAGGUGGUGUUAGAGAGGUCGCUGAGAGACAUUGGGGCCCGACUUUGCAUAUUAUUAUCGACCUUCUACUCUCCGCACGAGGGGAACUCGGAACAUACAGUAACACUAAUGGCGUUGAAGUCCCCGGGAAAGGGAAAUAUCAGAACAACAACCAACCUGACGUGUGGUGGUCGAAUAACGAUUUAUGGUGGCAAGGAGAGUACCACUUGCCUAGAUUAGGUCAAGGCGGGUUUAGGGCAGCAGUCGAGGGCGUGUGGAGUAAGAUUACAGACGGAGAAGAGCUGAGAGCCACGACCAUCGGGAAGCCAUUCAAGGAAACCUACGCAUAUGCCGAAAGCGUACUUAACAACCUCUUGAAGAAGGACAUGGGAGAACAAGCAAGAGUUAAGAGAGUAUACAUGGUGGGGGAUAACCCGAGAAGUGACAUCAUGGGAGCAAAUGGAUACGGCUGGUAUAGUCUACUGCUAGAGACUGGUGUUUUUAAGAGGGAUAGAGAGGGCGGUGAAGCAGCAUUGAAGGAUGAUAUGAGGCCGAGGCAGAUAUUGAAGAACGUAGAGGCGGCUGUUGAUUUCGGGAUGAGCAGGGGUGGGACAUCUUGA